AACGCACCUGUGAUGUCUGGAGCGGAGGUUGCAGGUAUUGUUCUGGCCGUCCUGCCUUUGGUGGUCAACCAGUUGGAUACUUACGCCCGCGGUUUGGAGACUAUCAAAGGUCUGCGACGAUAUCGGUGGGAGCUGGAGGGCUAUUCAAGCACGUUAAGCGCCCAGUACGCCAUCUUUCUUAACACCCUCGAGAUCUUCCUGCAGGAUGUUGUCGACGACCACGAUGAGCGAUCAGGGCUGAUUAGCAACCCGAAUGGCCCUGGGUGGAAGGAUGCGCAAUUCCGGAAAGGAUUGGCCGAGAAGCUGGGUCGCGAUUAUAACGCCUUCACAGGGACAGUAACGGCUCUCUGUAGUCUUCUAGAGGAGGUUUCCAAUAAGCUCGGCCGCCAUACCCUUGACUAUUCAAAGGCUGCGUCAAUCAAUUCAUUAGGCAGCAUAAGAUUCCGCAAGAUACUAUCCAAAGCCAUCUACGAGGAUAUACUGAAUAAAAUCGACAAAGUUAAUCAGAUCCUAAAAACCCUUAGCGAUCAGUCAUAUCAACUCGAUCAAGCCAGAAAAGGCCGAGGCCGGUGGGAAAGGGGCUUGAAAGGUCAUCGAGACAGCCGGCGUCAUGCUCGGGUUUUAUACGACAUCUUGGUUCGGGGUCAAGGUUGGAAAUGUCCAUGCAGGAACGAUCAUACGGUUUGCUUCCGGCUCGACUUAAAUACCAUCCAUAGCUCAAGAAAUACCGAACAUCCGGAAAAGAAAACACGUUUCCUAAUAAUGCUCUCAUCAGCUAAUAAGGAGGCCCAGAGGCCGCAUACUCACAAUCAAUGGUAUGAGAUCGAAUUACAACCCGAGCUAAUCGAGCAAACUGUUCCCACUCACCUCAAGGAAAGAUCAACACCAAUUUCAGAGGGAAAACGCAAAGUUCAAUUUGUUGCAACGAGUUCCACCACCAUUUGCGUGGAAACCAGGUACAAAGGACUAAAUAAUCCGGGCCCUAUUGGUGAUUUAUGUUCUACCCUUAGUAGUGUUGAUAUGACAGAUCCCCAUGUGCAUCAGGAGUUCAUUGGAUACAUCUUGAAUCAAUCUAGCGAUGCGCGUUAUAAUAUACGCCUCUUGCGUAGUAUGGAGCAAGAUAUCAACUUACACUCUUUACAGGAAAUCCUUGCUGGCUCUCCCUCCUCCUUGACUGCGUCUAUACAGGACUCAGAUGAACUGAGCCGACGAGAUCGGCUGUAUCUAGCUGCUGUUCUUGCCUGUGGCGUCCUGCAGCUUCACGGAAGCUGGCUAAAACAGCAGUGGGGAACCAAAGAUGUCCUAUUCGCUCAGAACCUGCAUCGUGGAUAUACAACGUUUGACCAUCCAUACUUAGUUUGGCAUGUCAUAGGUCCAUCACGCACACGUUGGGAGAGCAGCAUCUUGUCAGAAUACACGGCAUCAGGGGGCCAUCGAAUCCAAAAUGAGAUCCUCCUUCCGCUGGCAGUCGCCCUGAUCGAGUUGUCUCUGGGAAAGACCAUUUCAGCCCUGUAUCGACCGGAGGACAAGGAUUCUCGUGAAUCUCAGUUGCACUUCAACACUGCGACACGAGUGCUGAGGAGUGUCUAUUGUGAAAGUGGAUCAAGCUACGGGGAUGUUGUCAAAGAAUGCCUUUAUUGGUCUCGCAGCAAGGGGGAACGGUUUGAAGAUCCACAAUUUGAUGAAUGUGUUUUUGACACCGUUGUUUCUCCUUUGCUCAAAGACCUUGAUUAUUUUGAGGGUAUCUCUCAUAUGAAAUAGUAAAUCCUCUAUCAUCGG